GCUACAUCAUAAAGACAAGACGACUCUGUAAUCGCAUAGACCCUUGAGCGCCUCGUCGUCAGUGCUCGAGUAGUGGCUGGAUACCACAGCAUGUCGCGACCAAGAAAGAGGAUAGACAUACAAAGUCUGCUGUCGCCAGCCUCAGAGGGAAGACGGCAUGGCCCAAUCAAGUACACCAAGCUUGCAAACAACGCUAUAGUGGCCACUAGGGAACCACUUGAAGAAGAUCAGUUCUGCACAGCACCAGAGAGUCAUGAGUUACCGUACCUACCGCCUGAAGUAUUGAUCCUCAUCAUUUCUCAUGUUCCAUACGCGGAUCGGGUUGCCUUGACUAGGGUGGACCGUUUCUGGCGCUUGUUGACGCUUCAGUUGAGCUCAAAGCUGAAGAUCAUGCGCGAUCUUACCUUCUGUGCACCAGCGCCCUCAAGCAUCACUGCACCAGAGUGGCUCAACUACAGAACCAUGACACCGUCAUCGAGAGUGCUCAAGCUACAGCGUAUCCUUGCAGCGAUGAGCUCCAAGUUGACAUACUUGAAUCUGCUCGGGACAAACUUGCUCAGUCAGGAUCUGGUCAGUUGGAUCUAUCACAUCGACCUGCCAGAACUACAAAUGAUCAAGAUGCCUAACGGGACCGACCUAUAUCUUGCCUUACUUCGCGAUCUUGCAUUGAGACCGAAGAAGUGGCCCAAGCUGACGUUCUUCUCUGUUGGCUUUGGGUCAAAGCUGGAGAUCCCCGAGGAGGCACCCGAGCUCAUCACCAUUAUGCGUGAGUCACGACCUGAUUUGCGAUCCAAUAUCUCACGUUGUACGCAUUGCGCGCGUUUGUACUACGUCGACUCGAGAGUCAAGUGCGUUUGCUGUGAUCGACACAUCUGCUCACAGCAUUUUACACGGUCUUCUGGCAAUCAUUGCUUCCUAUCCAGGCGCGUCAAGUGUCCUUUCAGCAAGCUCAAGUAUCACACUGUGUGUCACACACUGCACACUGAACGCGGCUGUGCGACACUUAACGAACGCGGGAAACACUACCCCUGCUACAAACCGCGCCUUGAAGAAGACUACCUUGCAGUUGUAACCACGACUGAGGAUGAGGCAGAAGACGCGAUGCAUGCAUGAAUGAUUGCUUUUUUAUCGAUGGCGAAACCAAUGGCUCUAUACGCCUUUUCUGCGACUGGCGAAAUGUAUGUUUGUUCUCUCGUACUUGAUUCAUGCUUUAUAGCUGGCAGCGAACCGAUCCCUCUUGCCCUUUGUACAUCAAGCUUGCACAGCCC